AUGAACUUGGAGUCGCCUGAGCUACUGUUGAAAUGGGCACCUUUUAAUUCUCUGUCAAAUGUUGCACAAUCCAAAAGAGCCACUAACAUUCUCCACCUUCUUUUUGGCCUUUUGGGUUCUGAAAAAGCAUGCCAUCAUAGAAAAUCAUAUAUUGAAUCAUGGUGGAGACCAAAUGUUACAAAAGGAUAUCUUCUCCCAUGGUCCUCAAAUUCACCUCCUUAUAAAAUAUACGAUGAUGUUCCAAAACUUGUUAGCGAGACCAAACAUGUCGAUGCAACGGUCCUAAGGUUGGUUCAUGGGAUAAUGGAGGUGUAUAGAGAGGAACAUGAAGGUGUAAGGUGGCUCGUUAUGGGGGACGACGAUUCAAUAAUUUUCUUGGAUAAUAUGGUUGAAAUUCUUGCACAAUAUGAUCAUACGAAGUAUUAUUAUUUUGGAGGACAUUCGGAAUUUAUAUUAUCGAAUUAUUGGUACUCAUUUAAUCAAGGUUUUGGUGGUGCUGGAUUCAUAUUGAGUUAUCCUUUGGCUAAAGCAUUGGCAAAAGAUAUGGUUAAUUGCCUAAAGAGAUAUAAUUACAUGAACGCUGCUGAUAAAACUACAAUGACUUGCAUAGCUGAUAUUGGUGUCCAUCUUUCUCCUCUUCAAGCCAUUCAUCAGAUUCAUCUAGGUGGUGAUUUAUCAGGAUUCUUAUCAUCUUAUCCAAAAUCUCUACUAAUGUCCCUUCAUCAUUUUGACAUGGUUGACCCAAUUUUUCCCUCUUUGAAUCGUGCCCAAUCAGUGUUCCACCUCGAAAAUGCUGCACAAUAUGAUCAAUCGCGCGCAUGUUACAACAAAUCAUAUGUCAUCACCGGUCUAAAGGCUGGACAUUUUCAGUUUCUUGGGGAUACUCCACUCAUAUUUAUGAGAAAAUUAUGCCAAGAAGUUGGAUACAAAGACCAAUAG